CGCCUCUUCGUCGCUGCUAGUGGAAGCGAUGCUGCACCGCACAGACAGCGCUUCCCCGGCUCUCCUUCAGGCUGAAGGUUACCCACCCGCGCAGCCAGCCGCAACCUUGUGAGCCGCGCGCGCCUCAGGUCCGGGCUCCGGCUGCUCCGCGGCGGCGUGCAGGGGGCAACCACCGGGCCGCCCGCGCCGGGGCGCACUGCACCAGCGGCUUCGGCUUGGUGGAUGUGUAUGCAUGAGUUCUGCACCGAAUGGGCGCAAAAAGCGCCCCAGUCGGUCCACCCGCUCCUCGAUCUUCCAGAUCAGCAAGCCUCCGCUGCAGAGCGGGGAUUGGGAGCGCAGGGGCAGCGGCUCCGAAAGCGCCCAAAAAACCCAACGAGCCCUGGACGACUGCAAGAUGCUUGUCCAAGAGUUCAACACACAAGUGGCCCUGUACCGAGAGUUGGUCAUUUCUAUCGGGGACGUCUCAGUCAGUUGCCCCUCACUACGAGCGGAAAUGCACAAGACAAGAACCAGAGGCUGUGAAAUGGCCCGUCAGGCACACCAAAAGCUGGCUGCCAUCUCAGGCCCGGAAGAUGGUGAGAUCCAUCCCGAAAUCUGCCGGCUUUACAUCCAGCUGCAGUGUUGCCUAGAGAUGUACACAACGGAGAUGCUGAAAUCCAUUUGUCUGCUGGGGUCUCUUCAGUUUCAUCGAAAAGGAAAGGAAGCUAGUGGGGGAGCGAAGAGUUUGGAGAGCAAAACUGAGGAGAACGCUGAACCACCUGCCCUGGAGGACUCCUCCCUGUCCCCUGUAGACGGCCAACAGCAGUCCUGGCAGGUUUCCACGGACAUUGAAAACACUGAGAGAGACAUGCGAGAAAUGAAAAACCUCCUCAGCAAACUCAGGGAAACCAUGCCUUUACCACUGAAAAAUCAAGAUGACAGCAGCCUUCUGAAUUUAACUCCCUACCCCAUGGUCAGAAGACGGAAGAGACGGUUCUUCGGGUUGUGUUGCCUCGUGUCAAGCUAGGUGAUUCCCCCUGGAAACUCACCGCCAAGAUCACCUGAAAAACACCCCAGAACUGGAAACCUCCAUGCAGCCAAAUGCCGAGAAUGGUUUUGACCACCUUUUUUAUGCUUCCUUCUUACUUUUAUCCGCCUCUCCCUGCCCUUUUCAGUAAUUUUACACUUGAAAGCAGCUGCCGUCAAGGAAAAAAAAAAAAAAAAAGAACAGAUUCAAAAAAUGCAGCCUGUUUUUAAAGGGGUUUUUAAAAGUUGACAUUGUGCAUGUCUGCUCUGAACCAUGCCAUGACAGAUGCAAGAAUUAUGAUUUUUAAAUUAUUUAAAGGUUUUUUUAAAUGUAUUAUACAGAGAAAAAUUAUUUCACAUACAAUAGUAUAUCUGUAGCUCUUGCUGAUCUCAUGUUAGCCAUUUACCAGAUAUGAAGGAUGUCUCUAAACAUAGAAAUCUAUUUUAAAUAGCAAAACUGUUCAAAAACACAAUCUAUGAGUAUCAUUAGAAAUAAUACUAUACCCGAACACACACCACCUCACGUGUUGUUUUCUCUACACUCUCUUACAUUUAGUCUUCCAUUCUGUCAGAAUCUAAGUGUCAACAUUAAAAAAAUCAUAAUUUAUAAUGCAACAAAACCAUAUAUGAAACAUACGUUUUGUAAAUACUCAAUAAUCCUAAUAUCUUCGUACACUGCAUAUGGGCAUCUAAUUUUCUUUUAAUCCAAUGGUGUCUUUUUAAGCUUCUUGGAAAAUAAAGUUAUCCAGUUAGGCAAUGGUGUAGUGACCUAUACAAUUACCCUCAGAUGUAAAACUGAAUAUUAUCACAUUUUGUUUGAAUUGAAAACCUGAAGCAUGGAGUCUGCACAUCAUCAUAGUGUUCAAUCUUUUAGGGCAUGCCGGAAUUAGCUCAGAACAUAAACUCUUUAACAUUUUACAUUAUUAAUGAAGAAAAUGUUUUAGUUAAGCUUAGCUUGUCUCAUUUUAGAUGACUAUGCAGAUAUGGCUUCUCCAAUGUUACUCUGUGUCUUGUCUUAAUGUUUAGCAUCUUGAGAGCAGGACACACUAAGCAAUACUGUAUUUUAGAAAAGGGGGAGCCAUGUACUAUGCUUUUAAGCUCGUGGCUCUGUUCUUCCACUGAACUUGUUAUAUGGUAUAAACCCCAUUUUAUUUUCUUUCAAUUUCUUCUGUCCUCCCUUUGACCCUUUUCCCAAGCAGAAUUUGCCAUGAGUUGGAAGAUGAAUUUUUGCACUUUUUGCCUGUUCUUCAUUCUCUGAACAAUCUUCAAGUCAGACAGGAGGUGCUGGUGCCCAACCUUGAGAGGGACAAACUAGCUUCAAGUGGUGGCUUUAAGCAUGGGUCUGGGUAGGCACUUAUUGGUACACUGAUAUCAAUAUCCUGGCCUAAAAACAAAAUAUUGUAAAGCCUUUCACUUUGCAGAACAUGGAAAAAACAUGGAUAAUUAUUGUAUUAGGUUGAGUUCUAUGAAAUGGCUGAUAUCUGACUGUUUUGACCUAUUUAAAAAUGGCAGUUUCACAUAAUUCAACCUAACAUUUGGAAAGAAAAUUGUACAGUACUUUAAAUUUUCUCCUAUCUUUUUGUAUCAAAAGUGAAAGAAUUCAGGGAUGAUAAAGGCCUCCAAAGUCUCUCACUGGUCUGCAAUUCCAUUCCACCAGUUGCUGUGGGCUAAUCUCUUGGAACCCCACACUAUAUUCCACUGAGCCAUUAACUGAUGCAUUCAUUGUUACAGAUAUGAGUGGAUUCACUAGAAGAAGUACUUCUGACAACUUACAGGAGAAAAUUAUAGUUGUUCUGAAUUGGAGUGUUCAUGAAGCAAUGGAAGGAAUGUGUUAUUUAGACUCCUGACAAAGCAAGGAACCACUCACUCCCAGCUCACCCGGCCCCGACAUCUUGACUAAAGCUUAGUAUUCGCUCCAGAAUGCAGGUCACUUCAAAUGAGAUAGAGGUUAUCUCAUUUAUGAGCUCUCGUUUCUAAAUGGCAUGUUCUCAGCCCCCAUCUCUGUUCUGUCACACACUCUGACUAUACUGAACCCCACACUUCAGCCUGGUUCCUAGAAAUCCAUGCAGACUUGCUGACGGAUAAGCCCACGGGGUGCAGCAUGCUCCUGUUGCUGCCUGACCUAAAUCACUCCAGCUUUGUUCAUUUGCGUUCGCUCUCUCCUUAGUCGCAACGUGAUAAUAACACCAUUUGUGCAAUUGUCCUUUGUACAACUGAAGACUGUUAAAAAAAAAAAUCAGGUCUCACCUCCAUGUCUGAGAACGCCAUGGUAGCUAUUCAUGGAGAUGGGAAUACGUCUAAUCGCCUAGCCAGACUUCCAUAUCUAAGGUAAUAUAGUCCAAGCACCUUACCUUUUAUUCAGUGCCUGUUCUUCGGCCUUUGCUCAGUUUUAUAGCUCCCAUAGACACACUCUGAGAUUUACAGACAACCAUGAAGUAGCAGGUCCUACAGCAACAUUUAGUAAUCUAAGCUCUGAUAACUAUGUUGGCAUCUGGUUGCCAUGGGUGAUUCACCACCUCCCCUUAGAUAUGCCAAGUGCAUCCGGUAGGAGCUGCCCCUCUCUCCUGUUACCUUGCCAAUGGACUGUCUCAGGUGUGGUUCCAUGGGAUAAAGCAGCUGCCUCUGCUCCCUGUGGAAGGUUAUCCUUGUGCUUACAGGAGCACCCAGCCCAUCUGGGGUAGGAGAAAACGCUGACUAUUGUCUCACAGACAAACCCACAUGCUUCAAACAGAAAAGGAUGACACUUUUUUCAUGUGUGGCACACACUCAUUUUAUCACCAUACUUUUUAUUACCUAUUUUAGCUUUUCCUGCAAAUUGUAAAGAAUACAUUUUCUUUGUGUGUGUGGCGGGGGGGGGGGGACCUGUAGAACAACACCAUAUAUAAAAGUAACAUCAUCUGGACCCCCUCCCCCACAAAUGUAUUGUUUAGAACCAAGUUCCUGGGCUCUAAAUCAGUUGGGGGCAGACCCAAAGGCUCCUUCGAAGAAAUAUGAAGUAACCUUAAGGCCAAAGUAUCACUUCAGUGUCUGACCCCUGAUGUGUAGCGUCUAGAUGCAGACCCACUGCGAGCUGCCCUAUUGUGCCAUUCAUUGUUCAGGUACAAAGAAAGCUGUAGAUACAGCAAGAGUCCUAAUGUUGGCGAACUUCUCAAGUCUGCCCAACCUUUGGGUUCCUCCUUAUGUGAAAAGUUAGGAUGCUCAUAUUUAGGCAAUGCUGCCACCUAGUGGAAGGUCAGCUUCACAAUGACACAAAGCAAGUAUUCAACCCGUCUCGUUUAUUUAAGAAAGCCUGUGAAUGGACCAGAUUAACAAUGAACCCAUGAGGACUUCCAAACUGUGCACAUCUCAGGAUUGAAAGAAUUAAGAAUUGCCAUGCAGCCUAAGUCCCUUCUUCACACACCCGUGCCUAAGAAGCAACAUCUCUGUUUUCCUUUGGUUCUGGAAUAUCACGACAGAAAUGCUUCCCUUCCCAGUAACUAUAGGUAGAAUGAGGAAGAGCAGUGUUACUAUAUCAGCCUCUCAAUAAAUUGCUAUAACUAAUUACAGCAUCUUCAGUACAUCCAAUAGCAUAAAAUAACGGAGUACAAUACACUUCAAAUUUGAGAAAAGUUGGGAUAACUAAGUAAGUUGUCUGGAAUAACUAGUUAACCUCUCCUGGGAACAAUAUUAGGUCCAUAAUCUAAUCAAAAUAAAUUCUAAAUAAGUAUUCAAAAUUUAAAACUUAUGAAUAAAUAAUAAGCAUGAAAAAGACUUAUAAGUAUCCGAGACGUUAUUUUAAUGUGGAGGAUAAAAGCCUUUCUCAGCAAAUUAUUACCAAAAAAUAUUACCAAAGGAAGAUGUGAUAAAGAGAAGAUGGAUGGGUUUGACUGACGUUAUUUUUUAAAAGAAGGUAAAAGUUCUAUACAGUAAAUAAUAAACCAAAUUAAGAGAAAAUAGUAUUCGCAGUUCAUGCAAGAAAGAGAUUAGGCCUCUACAGCACUUGAGACGGUCUCGGUUGUUUACAAGACUUGUACUUUUCCCAGCACUACUUGUGUGAUUGUUGGUCUGUCCCACUAAACUGAAAGUAUGAAAGGUAACAAUCGCAUACAUUUUGUUUAACCCUGUUUCUCAUCCCCUAUCACAGUGCUGUAAACACACCAAACAGUGAAAAAGUAUCCAUUGAAUGAGUGACUAGUGAAUGAAUGCAUGAGAGUAUCUCAUGAGUCAGAGAAAGAAUCUAACUUUCCAGGAGAAUCAAGAGCUUAAGAAUCAAGGCAGUAAUACACCAUAAGCCGUAAUAAUCCACUGAUAGCAUUAAACAUAUCUGAAUACACUAGUAACAAAAACUGCAUAUAUGAACAACUCAGAAAGGCAUGCAUAUAAAUCAUUCAAGUUCCUGGGGACAGGAGGAAAUUUCAAAUAUAAAUAUUCCCUUGUAGCCAACAAGAGUGUAAACUGAUCUGACCUUUCCGGGAAGUAUUUUGGUACUAUGCAUUUUUCAUGCACGCUCUGUAAUUUCACAUUAAGGAAAUUCUCCUUUUAAAAGUUCAGCAAUGGGCCAGCAGGAAGACUCAACAGGGAAAGACUACUCUUGCCACCAAGCACGUUAGACCCCUGAACUCACAUGGUAGGUGGAGGUAACCGACUCCCCUGCAGGUUAGCCUCUAACCUAUGCGCACACACUGAAUAAAUGUUAUUAUGUUACUUAAUGUUCAGCAAAAAAGUGAGCUAAGAUGCAUUUAUUCAUUAUUUGAAAAGUCAUACAAGAAAGGAUGCUUUGUAAAUAUGCCUACAUUUUAUGGUUAAAUAUGGUAUAUCCUUUCAAUGGAUACCGUGCCCCAGUUAAGAAUGCUCACCAUGUAUAUUUAUUGAAAUGUGCAGUUUUUGUUGUCAGAUAGAGAAAGGAAAUAAUAGGAGACUCUCUAGAGAGUUACCCUCUUACUAACAUACCUACACAUGUGUACGUUAUAGAAUCAGAAAGGCUGUUUCCUUGCAGGAUGCCAACAUUUCUCUCUGGGAGGUGAGAUUUGGAGCAAUUGUAUUUUCUUUCUGCAUAUCUGUGAUUUCUGACUUUUUCACGAGGAGCAUGUAGUAUCUGUAUAAUUUUUUCAGGGAAUAAACACUGACAUUGACAAUAUAUAUUAAAUGAAAACAUGUUAUAAUACAGUAUGUAUAGUAUGAUACAAUAUUUGUAAAAAAGAAAAUCACAUAUAAAUAUAUCUAUGUAUGUAUAUACAUAUAUAUAUGCAUAAGAAAGCUAGAAGGCCAUACACUACUAUGUUAAUAGCAGUUAU